CUUCUCCCCCACAUCGCAUCCAGCAGUUCCAAACUUCAGCUUGAACGCUUAAUUCCACUGCUUCCCUUACUGCGAGAACAAAAUGGCGGAAACAUAUCCUAUUGGCACACGCAAGGAGUGCGAGCGCUUAGUCCGAGACUGGGGCUUCAAGCAUAUCUUUACCUGGUCGGAUGGAAGUAAUGCCUAUUACUCUCCACACUCGCAUGGAGGUGUCACAACCCAUCUCAUACGGCAGGGGAGUCUGACGAUCACAUACCCGGAUGACAAUGCCAAGUUGUAUGAUGGGGAGGUAAAGAAGGAGACAUUCGGGGUCGGUGCAAGGGUGGAUGUCCCUGCUGGAAAGCUGCACGAGGUUUGGAUUGGCGACAGUGGGUGCGAGUAUGUGAUUGGAGAGUAGACUGGGACGUGAUACAUGUGCAUAUCGCAUGAAAGGACAUGAUUCAUGACUCUUUAUGUGGGUAUCCACUGAUUGUAUUAUGUUGCUCUAUGUCUAAUCUAUAGACGUCAGAUGGCGCCCUGUAGGGUGCUCAUCGAGCUCUAUGUGUUUUGUCGUCAUCUAAACCUGGGUAUAUCAUCAUUUUGUUCGUCUAGUGGGUAAAUCGGAAAUCGAGUCUGUAUGAUAAUUAGAAAGGUUCUUUUGGUUACAG